GAUGAGCUUAAUUUUUAAUGAUUCUUCCAGAGUCCAUUACUCGGAUUUGGAAGUGCACGUAGGCAUGCACGACCGACUCGACCAAAACCAUCAAGUCGUUAGAAUAAAGUACGGCCUGAAACAUCCUAACUUCAGAUCCAACGCUGUUAGAGACAUCAACGACAUAGCUGUGCUGACUUUAAAUAGAAGAGUCCAAUUUUCUGAUGUCGUCAGGCCUAUUUGUUUACCAGAAAGUGGUACUGAGGAGGAUUGGACAGGCUUGACGAUGACGGUGGCCGGGUGGGGCAAGACGAGACAGGCAGCUCUGACGUCAUCGCGCUACCUCCUGGAGACCAGGGUGCGGCUGGUGGACGGAGCCACGUGCCAGCGCAACUCCAUCUAUAGCGACAAUUUGGAACCAAAUACCAUGAUAUGCGCGUAUAACUUGGGCAAAGAUGCAUGCCAGGGAGAUAGUGGUGGACCUAUGUUUGGGAAGCUACCUAAUGCUAACAAAAGAAAAUACUAUCAAAUUGGAAUUGUGUCAUGGGGAAUAGAUUGCGCUAAACCAGACUACCCCGAAUGCGGCAGGCCAUCGUCGGCGCUGUCCAUGCGCAUAGUGGGGGGCAGGCAGGCCGAGCCCCACUCCUUCCCCUGGACCGUGGCCAUCACCAAGAACCACCGGAUGCACUGCGGCGGCGCCCUGCUCACCGACAGACAUGUACUCAGCGCUGGGCAUUGCUUCCAAUGGGACAACUUUAAAUCAAUGGAAGUCCUGCUCGGUUUGCACGAGAUGUAUGAGCGUGAAGAUGUCCAGAAGCGAAGUAUUUCUAACGUGGUGAUCCACGAGGACUUCACAUCCACUUCUGUUAGAGACGAGAAUGACAUAGCCAUCGCUACCCUUUCGGAGCCCGUAGAAUUUCGGGAUACCAUUUCUACCAUUUGCUUACCAAAACCAGGCCAGUCGUUCGAGAGGCGUGUGGCGACGAUAGUGGGAUGGGGUCGGAUAGACGUGAAGGGCGACCCGUCCAAGGUUCUGCUGAAGGCCAACCUCGACAUCCUGCCUGAUGAAGAGUGCCAGAACUCCCAGCUGGCGAAGCACCUCAAGCCGACCAUGAUGUGUGCCUACGCCAAGGGGAAAGAUGGCUGCCAGGGUGAUAGUGGUGGUCCGUUGCUAACCUUGGAACCAGAGGGAAAAUACGUUCAAGCUGGAAUCGUAUCAUGGGGUAUUGGAUGUGCCGAUCCCAGAUACCCUGGAGUUUACACGAAAGUGAGCAACUACAUUGAUUGGAUUAAAAGCCACAGCAGUGACGGUGCAAAAUGUUCCGAUAGUUGAAACUGAAUAAGUAAAUCAUACUUA